AUGCCGCCAGCGCUCAGCGACGAUGAGGCUACGGAUCGCGAACUUACUCCUCCUCCGGUGACCACAAAAAAGAGUGGCCGCGGGCGAAAGUCUUUAUCCAAGGAGGAAACCCCUGAAAAUAAUCUCAAAGUUAAGCGCGAAGAGGACGAAUUUGGGGAAGACGACCCGGAUGACGACGAGCAACAAAAUGAGGAGGUUUACGUCGUGGAGAGAAUUUGCAACCACAUGAUCGAUCCUAAAACCGGCGAGCCACGUUUCCAGGUGAAGUGGGAAGGCUACGAUGAUCCGUCCGAUAUGACAUGGGAACCGGAAGAGAAUCUGUUAGAAAACGCCCAGGAAGCAUUAAACGAGUACCUAGAGAGUAUCGGCGGCCGAGAAAAACUCUUUGAAGAGACAGCCAAUGCCCUAAAAACCAAAAAGAGGGGUCGCCCGUCGUCGGCGCACCAGCAAGCCAACGCAAACAAGCGGUCGAGGAGAAACGGAGAGCAUCCCGUGCAUUCAGAGCCGCCAUCUAGUGCGAAGGAGGAAAUCUGGAAGCCGCCACCGGGAAGUUGGGAAGACCACAUUGAUCAUAUUGAUGUUUGCGUUGAUGAACAAAAUAAACUUCUCGUCUAUCUCAGAUGGAAAAAUGGCCAGAAGACACAACACCCAACCGAAGUGCAGGCAGCGAGCGGCGGCAAGCGCCUCGAUGAGCUCCCCAGCGCAAGUCUGAUCAACGAGGGUGCUGCGUAG